UGUGUCAGGAAGUGGAUAUUUGUCAAUGGAAUGACAAAGGAAUGGGUUCAAACUGGGCCCAAUGUCCACAGCUACAAUUCGUAGUAAAAUCACUUUGUAUGCUGAAAAGUGAAAAUGCUACUUCGGAAAAAACUGACUUAGAGGUUCAUUUAAUGUGAAAAACUGACUUACAGGUUCAUUUAAUGUGACAUUACAUAAUGCAUUGUGUGCAGUAAUUAAACGACGCAAUAAAUUCAUUCAGAAGCUGACGCAUACCUCGCUAAUACAUUAUCAUAAUAUGCCUAAGUUACCCGGGAAGGAUGCCAUCAUACAAUCCGACAAAGUCGACGAGGCGCAAAGGAAGAACAAGCUAGAGCUAUUUUACUUAGAAACCAAACUAAAAUCACUGGAUACCGAAUCCCUAACGGCAAGGCAUGGAGUGACUAAAAUGAGCAAACAGCUACAUAAGACAAUGGUUGGUGUUAAAAGAACAACUGGGACCAGUAUAGAGGGAAAACCCCCAAGGAAUGCUAAAGACAACACGCAUCUGAAAAGUGAUUAUUUCCGUUAUCGUCCUACUGAAAAACGGCUUACAAAGUGGAAGACAACGGAGAAGCAGCUGGAGAAGAUAAUGAAGCGUGAGAAUCAGCAUCUUAAAGAUACAUCGAGGAGCUCAUUGGCAAAUCUUAUUUCUGUUGUAAGCAUGAUCCAAGAUCAAGACAAAGAGAAAGAGAAUCACGAAACGUUCCAUGAACUGUCGUUAAGGGUAACUAAAAUGAUGAAAGAUAGGCAGAGCAGCACUGGCUCUUCAUUUAGUAGCAUAGAUAUAGACGGUUAUAUUCUUGAAAGUGCUCCAACUCAAAUAUCAUUAUUUCAAACUCCAGAAAAUAUUCCAGCAAAAUCUAUGGACGGGAAAAACAGGUGUAGAAAAGAAUCUAUUAAACAAUGGGAACGCACGCUUUUUGACUCGUAUAGCUCAAGCGUUACAAAUACUACUCAUCGAACAAAUUCUAACAGUAGCCCUACGGAAUCAUUGAUUGAGCAUUCAACACAGGACUCUAGCAAAAGAGCCAUGGCGAAAUCACCAACAUCUUACUCAUUGAGGCCACACUCAUCUUACUCCCGUUCCAUCAAAUGUCAGGACAAACCAGUGCAACAAAAGAAACGGCCAAAAUCCUCAAUGGCCAAAUGUAACUCCACCUUCAAAAAGGAUAAUGGUGAAUCAAAGCAGGUCUUCCACGAUGAGACGCAGAUUAUGCAAUCAAGGAAAUCACCUCAUCGUCUUAUUAUCAUAAAUUCUACUGACGAAGUAUUUGAUGACGAAGCUGCUGUCCAUGCAUGUUACAGAAACCUCCUUGAUGAUACUAAUAAUGAAGGUAGUAUAGAUUAUUCUGAUUCCCAUAGUGCUCAGCGGGAUAACGGUACAACUGGAGGUGACUUAACGUCAGACAAGAAAUUGAGGAACGAUAACUACAUUGAUCAGAACUAUGAAAUUGCAAAUUCUAAAAAGGUGAAACAAAACUCUGAAACACCAUCCCAAAAGUAUAACUGCGACUUGAACACUUCCCAAAGUCAAAAGUCAAUCACAAAUUUCACUCAACCGAAACAAACAUGCGAAAGUGAAAAUAUUGUGAUAAAUAAAAUAAUAGACCAAACUAAUAUUUCAGACCAAAUAAAAUCAUCUUUAUCAACCACCAAAACGAGACCGAGAUGGGCCAAGGCCGUCGACUCAGCCUUUCAUAAUGCAAAGGAAAAUAAAAUACAAGAGGCAAACAAUACCCCUGGUUGGGGUUCACUGUUCAAAGGAAUGUUUACUUCAAAACCGAAACAACUUUCCUUCUCACAAUUGGCCAAACUCGAUGACUCUGACGAAGAGGGAGACAAAGACACAAAAAAGCCUAAUUUAGAAAACAUGAGUCAGGAGCACGGAGUGUCCCGUUGGAAACGAGAUUUGAUGAAAGAAGCCCCGCCUCUGAUGAGACUGAAUACAAAGGUUCAGUUGUCAACUUCUAAGGCAGCCAUGAAACGUGAACUUGACAAAAUGGUAGAUGAUAAUGAAGAUGACGUUAAGACAAUUAGCCUUCGUAGACGGACAACAUUAAAAGCAAAAAUGACGUCAUUUGUAGCAUUGUUAAAAUGGCAAAGUGGGAAAGGAAUAAGAUGAUAGCGGUGAUGGUAGCGGUAACCAAACACGGUCAACAGACAAUGUGUAAUUGAUUUAAUCGUCGAUUUAGAAAGGACAUUUAGAAACUAUAAUUGCAAUAUUUACUAGAUCCUAAGGCAGAAUCAGAUCUAUAGGGAGUGACAAAAUUGCAAGCAACACGUAAAGUUGACAUACCAAUUUAUUCCUUACAAUCUUAAAUCCUUAAAAUGCAUGCAUUUUAUUAUGUUUGAAGUGAAUAUUCUAACCAGUAUGUAUCAAUGCAUAUUCUCACCAGCAAUAUUCUCACCAAUGUGUAUAAUCAGUAAUAUAUAUUCUCGCCAGUGUGCAUGUAUCCUCGGCGAUAUAUAUUGUCACCAGUGUGUAUCUCUAGCAAAAUAUAUUCUCACCAGUGUGUAAAAUCAGCAACAUACAAUCAUACCUGUGUAAAACCUCUGCAAUAUA